AUGUCCAUCACUGGGAACACCAUUGCUUCACUGCAAGCGUUUUAUACUAUAUACACGGCUGUUCUACUCUUCCUUACCCAACGGCUUGCGAUUUCGAGAACACUUGUACACCGUGUGAAACUGACUGCCGUUCACGACAUCUCUAGCGCAUGGGCGGGCCUUGGUUCUGCACUCAGCAGCGUCUGGCGACAAACUGCCAUCCCCGCCUCGUGGUGGACGACUUCCGCUGUGGCAGCCUACCUUGCGAGCAUAACCGUGCUGCAUGUCACCUCUUCCACUCUCCUACAAUUCCAAACGUUCAAUGCUUCUAUGACGACUUCAGUGCCCACAACGCUAGGGUGGCUAAACGAUUCAUCGUAUAGCUCUCCCACGAACCUGGGACUCAUUACCAUAUCUCUACCAGUUGUCAAUCAGUUGACUGGACUCGUGUCUGCAGGAUUAGCCAACACCACACUCUACGACACUCUCAAAACAAACGCUAUAGCAGGAAAUGCCACUGUGAAUGCAACGACGGUAACCUCGCGUUGCGGAUUGAUUCCAAAUGUGACAUACUAUGCGGAUGUUGGCGAGUUGAUCUUUCAGUUGGGGCCAAAUUCUUCCAUUACAACUUAUAUGGAAAUUCCCUGGUCAGAUCAGAUAAAUGUAAUUCCAGACUUUGGUAAUUUAUAUCCUAGUACACAAUCGGAGCUUGGUGGUGUCUAUCUUAUGGUCUCUACAUUAUUGGGGAUCGACCCUUCGGUACAAGAUGAGGUUGCUGUAAACAUGACUUGGACUAUCCCUGGCAUUGCCACUCCAUACAUCAUCCAGGCCUAUUUCGUAUAUUGCUCGCUGUCAGCGAACACUACAGAUGGGGUAGUCAACAUGCAAACCAACAGCCUACUGAGUCCUACGUCCAUAUCGCAGCCAUCCACGCAAUGGGAAAUGUAUCAACUCGGGUGGUCGAAUACUAGAUGGCAAACACAGAUCGGCAGUGCUUUGGCUACCCCAGAUAGCCGUAGCGGGACUGCAUUUGCAUUUGACGGACCCUCUGUUGUGGACGCGUAUAUCAUGUCGUUGAUAGGCCUGAAUCUCACUGAGGAACAUACACAAUUCGGAGACGGUGCUCUUCCGAUUUCCAAUUUCACGUUGAGACCGGAUGAACUAGAAUUUGCUGUUGCGAGAUCUGCUGCACAACUCAUCUGGCUAGGACAAAUGGGUGCAGCCAAUGGAGGAAUUGACACUGGCAAUGGGACAGCCUAUGUUAAUGAGGAGUUCAUUGCCCUACGCCUCAAUAUUAACCUUCUUCCUUUGGUUUUCACGGCGUCUGCAUCGGUGAUCAUGUUGGGACUGGUACUACAUAUGACCCGAGCAUUCCAUGCAUCGCACGACAGUCAGGCUGUUAUCCCAAACAUAGGUGUGCUGCAACUCUUGUGGUUGGGUCACCGUUCAGCCUCUAUCAAUGAAGUCCUGGAAGAUGUGCAACAUCCGACAGAGGCCAAUCUGCGGCGAGCAGGCAUGAUAGAUGUUUGUUUUUCGAAUAUCAUGCCCAACGGAGAAUUUGGGAGCUCAACUGCUAGCGACAGUCUCUCUUGCGAUGUUGACUACCGUCGUGAUGAGGAGAUGUGA